GAACCUUUACAAAGUGGCUACAAAGGAGACCUCCAACACCUCUGAGUGAUGUCAAGGAUAAAGCCCGGGAAAAUUUGCCUAUCUUCCAUCACUGAGCUGUCCCUUUGAAGCUUGGGCUUGCAACUUUGAUAUCCAAAAGAUGAAAUACUCUAGCUUGAACAUUUGUUUUUAGUUGUCCCUGUUGAAAUAACAUGGAUUUGUCAGUAGCAAUUUUGCUUAGGCUUCAUUGUUCGGUUCUUUGUUUCUCCACUUCAGCAACUUUUAAGAUCCGUGGGCUUCAGUUGUCACUACUGCUAAGCCAGCAAGCUAUAGCUGGUUGGAUAAUUCCCAAGGCAAAGUUAUACCAAUACAUUGAAUUAAAAGCUUACUGUAUUAUGCUCUGAAAGUGUGGACUUUGUUUCUUAAGGCAGCUGAGAAUGGAGCCACAGGAGUGGAACUGGACCUUGAAUUUACUGCAGAUGGGGUUCCUAUCCUUAUGCAUGACGAAACGGUGGACAGGACCACUGAUGGCUCUGGAAGUUUGCGUGAAUUGACGUUUGCUGAUAUUCGACAGUUUAAUCCAGCUGCUAAACAUAGGUUAUGGAGGGAUUAUCAUGGGGAAAAAAUACCAACCCUAAAAGAAGCUGUUUUGGAAAGUUUGCAUCAUGAUCUCAUCAUCUACUUUGAUGUCAAGGGACAUGCAGAUAAGGCGGUUGCAGUCCUGACACAGCUCUACCUAGAAUAUCCACGGCUGUACAACACCAGUGUGGUUUGCUCGUUUAUGCCAGAUGUUGUCUAUAAGAUGAAACAAGCUGACAGAAAUAUCAUAACAGCUCUGACCCACCGACCUUGGAGCUUCAGUCAUUACGGGGACGGGAAGCCUCGCUAUACGGCUUUUUGGAAACACUAUUUGUCUAUGGCCUUCGAUGUUAUCAUGGACUGGAGCAUGCACAACUUCCUAUGGCAUUUAUGUGGCGUUUCUGUUUUCCUGAUGCAGAAAAAUUACGUUUCACAGGACUACGUCAAUCGUUGGUCCUCUAAAGGGGUUCAUGUUGUCGCUUGGACCGUCAACACACUUGCCGAAAAAAUGUAUUACGAAAAUGUUCUCCAGAUCACCUACAUGACCGACAGCUUACUAGAGGAUUGCGACCCUCACUACUAGCUUGAUCUUCAACUCCCAAUUGGCUUCCUUAAGUCAGACUGGAGUUCAGUGGGACUUUAUGAUUUUAUUUCGCCAAGGCUGCAUCGCUUCCCUCAGGGGGAGGAAAACGAUUACAUGUCAGGUUGCACCAAGCUUCUUCCUUUUUGCUGGGAUUGAGAUUUCUCACAACUCACUUUUGCUCCAAGAAUGGAUCAGCAUUUUUAGUCAUAUAGAUACGUGCAACUUAAAUGGGGGGG